GAUGCCAUCGCGAGAGCCACUGACCUUUGCACUCGUCUGGCCUUUUGUUUUGUAAGAUGGCGCUCGCAAGAGGUUGUUUCAGGCUUCAGCAGCUAAAGGGACGAAGUUUCUCCGAGUUUUUAUGCUAUCCGACUAUCUAUGUCUCCCAGCUUACUAGUCACCAGUUGUCACAAUUUUUCACAACAGCGAAGAGGAGUACUUUAAGUUCAGCCAUCAUCUCAAAGGUCAAACGUUUGAAUGCAAAAUAUGAACGAUUUCUGGAAAGAAACUUUCCGAGUUUUUAUGUGAUCUAUUCAACCUUUUUCCGAGGUUUUCGUCUAUUGUAUCUUGACUUCAAGGAAGUUAGUGGAAUAAAGCAUAAAAUGGCUGAUAAGGGACUAAAGUACAACCAGCUGCCUUACAGAGAAAUGGAAAAGUUAAGACAGUUUCGCAGAGAUGUUAUAAAGGUAAUACCUGUGGUGCUUCUCUCCAUUCCACCAUUUGCAAACUAUAUAGUCUUCCUAUUGAUGUAUUUCUUUCCACGUCAGUUUUUAAUGAGACACUUCUGGACCCGUGAACAGCAGCAAGAAUAUAAGGAAACCUACCACUCAUUCCGGGCUCAGGCUUACCCAGAAGCUGUGAGUGGCUUAAUCAAAGCAGCCUCAAAAGUUAAAGACAAACGUCUGAAAAACCAGCUGUUAAAUCUUGGCAACAAAGUUCAGGGAGGCAUCCACCCAGAAAUCUCCCAACUGUACACGGUGGCAAAGCUGUUCUCGGGACAACCACUAGGAAUCCGUCGUAUUGAUACACGGCAGGCGGAAAUCUUUAGUCGGGUGAUGUUUCUCACUCCACACAUGCCCUCCUUCAUCCUACGCCGUCGUCUCUGGAGCCACGUCAUGGAAAUUCGUCACUUGGACCAAGCUUUAAAUAUCUUGGGAAUGCAGCACCUGUCGGAGGAUGAACUGAGAACUGCAUGUUACGUAAGAGGUCUGAAUUCAGUGCACCUGAGUGCAUCACAGUGCAAGGAGUGGUUAAUCAAAUGGGUCCAGCUUUCCAAGAGAUUAAAAGAUUCUGAAGCCUCUCUGAUGUUGCACAGCAUGGUGUUACUUUCUGCAAAUUACCUCAAAAAGCUUCCAGAAAAAAGCAAGUAAGCCUUAAAUGCAAAACUGAGGAGUGGCCAUAUGUUUACCCAAGACAUCUGUGUUGUGUUGAUAAGGAUUUCUUUUUCUUCAGUGCUAGACUGAAACUCCUAAAUGCAAAAGCUUGUAACUAUUAAUUUGCCUCCUGUGAUAUAUUGAUUGUGCUUAGAGGCAGAUUUUCCCUAAUGAGAGAGAGACAAAAAUGCAUAUCAUUGUUUACUUGAAGUAUAAAUGAAUUAAUUUAAAAGAAAUUUAAAUGCUUUCUGGACCGGUAUUUUUUAUUUUAGAGCAGUGGGAUACUUUAUUUGAAUGCUAUAAGUUUUCCUGUCAGUUACAUGAGCAGACUUUCUUUGCUGCAGGAUUUAAUCACUUUAGACCAAAGGUUGCUGUCAAAGUAAUGGUGAGGCUAACAGCUUUGCUGUUUGUGACAGUGGGGCAGCAUCUUCAGCCAAGGGCAGGUGCCAGUGAACGGUGGAUGUUAAAGUUAGUGUCCAAGAUGUGCUGCUCCACUGUCAGCUGUGUGUAAAUGUCAGCUCACUGCCUGGUUUGGUAUUAAAAUACACCAAGUGGUGUGAAGUUCCUGCGCUUACACUGUAGGAACAAAGGCUCACCACAGAAAACCCAGUCAAAUCAGUUCAAGUCUAAGGACUAUUUUAAAGGGAUCAUUAGUACUAAUUAUUUCCAGUCAAUCCAUCAAAAGCUGAAAAUUAUCCAUUAACUGCUGGGGAUUCUCAAACCUUUUCAGGUUUAUAUUUAGAUUUUUUUUUAUUUUUUCUGUCUUUUCUCUUUUUCCCUGUACUUGAUUUGGCAUGGAAAUUUGCCAGCUCUUAACAUGCUGUACUGAUCUGCUUUUCUUCAGGUGUUGUGCAUUUAAUCAUUUCUUCAUACACCUUUCCAUCAUUGUUCAGGCCACAUUCCAUCAAUCUGGUUAAGGAGAUGCAGGCACUUGCUUUGUUUGUUCAAAUUCCAGAUGCCUCAUUUUCAUCUGUCACUUCCAGCAAAUUGCCAUGUAAAAUAUCACUGAUUUAAUCUGGCAAAGGCAAGUGUAACUAACUAACUGGUUGGGAGAUAUUUUGGCCUUUGUUCUCAGAAACAGUACUAAAGGGCAGUUUAUAUUGUGGAUCUGUAUUAAUUUAAAAAUUAGCCAAACUCCUUUUACUGAAGACUCUUUUCAUUGAUUGGAUAAUCACCCAAAUGGCCCACACCUGCUAUUUCUUCUGAUCCCUUCUGGCUGCCCUUAAAGCAGUACCCAGAAACAUUCAGGCCAGUGACAUUAAAACAAAAAUACAAAUACUGUGGGUGCUGCAAAUCUGCAAUGAAACCAGAAAUGGCCAUCAAUAGUCGGAUUAGGCAUCGGUGGUGAAGGAAACAGAAUUUGUGCUUCAGUUCGAUGUCCUUUCAUCACAUAGGCUCUGCUCACUGAGCACAGUAGCAGACCUGAUGUCAAGUGGGGCAUAAUCCAUGGCUUAAACAUGUUAUUAGCACACUUACAUUUCAUUAAUGGCCAUAUAAUUUGUACUAAUAUAAUUGAGUUUUUUUUGUGUUUGGAUAAUGCUUUUUCAGUGUGCAAUUCCCUUUGUAAUCAAAUGAUUCAAGACUAUAAUGCUUUAGAUUGGCUAAAUUGCUCACUCAGUUGGCUGAUGAAGCAAUGCAGUUCUAUAUUUAUCCUGUCUCAAAAAGGUCAUCUUUAAUUAAAGAUGCUGCUGCCCAAUUUAAUACAAUAUACAGCAGCAAAGAAGUCUAUAACUUUGUUUCCCACAAUGUACCCAUUUUAAAAAUAUUUUAAUCCUACUUCCCACAAUUCCUGGUACCUUUUUAUCUCUUGAUGUGCACUGCAAUUGAGUGUCACUGCACUAUCACACUGUUAUUCAAAUAGUGAGACAUUGUUCUCUGCUAGCUAAACAGCAAGGUUAAGGCAUUAAAAGCAGAAGCACUCAUGCUUGGAUUCUGAUAGUUAGAAAAGAAACAGCUGUAAAGUUUACCGGGUCAUGUACCGUUAAAGGUUAUUUGUUUCUUAAAUUCAGAGCACUGACCUCUUACACAGCAGAAAACAAGGCAACUGUGACCACUUUCCCGUCUUGAGGUGGAUUUCCAUUUCCAAGUUUCAUCUAAAACCUUGUAUUACAUUGCUACAAUUUGAAUAGUUAGAAUACACAGAUGACUUUGAGAUUUAUUUUCCAAAGUUGCAGUUAAGAUGUGGGGGGUGAUUUUUACCUUCACUUUCUGACUGCUGGCUGAAUGGUUUCUUUGCCCAGCACUCGUCCCAUUGAGUCCAAUAGCAGUGAUAGUGAAAAUAACUUCCGUGUGCCUGCCUUUCCAAAACAAGUGCUGCAAGUGGUCCUUCCACAUUUACCAUCGGAAGCUGCAGUGUGAAUUAAUACAGAAAAGGACACUUUGAUCUCCUAUGAAAUUUGAGCUUGGAUUAACAUGCUUGCCUAAGUAGGAGAUUGUAUGAACGGCCCCUACAUUGCACUGAUAGCCUGCUUGUAUGUUCCAGUACUACUAAUUGUUUUCUUAAUUUUUUUUAAAUCAUGCACUGCAUAAAAUAUUUUAAAGUUUACAUAUUGAUCUUUUGUGUUGUACUUAAUUUUUUUGUGAAGAUGGAUGCCUUAGUUCAAUGAGUGUUUUUAUUUGUAAAAUGUACUGUAAACAGAUGUGAUUGGAGUUGGCAAGGGGAUUGCCUGUAGAUUGGGCUCAGUUUUGGUUAAUUUCAAUGUGGAGAAGGUAUAAAAUCCCUUGUAUAUGAAUAAAAAGUAUUUUUCACUCCUUUGUUAUUUUUAGUAGUAUGGUCACACUGGUUAGUGACUGUGAAACAGGGCAAAGGCCUGAGGGAUGUAUAUUGGGUAAAUUAUAUUUACCCCUUGAAAUUGCUAUGGUCCUAAAACUAAUUCAUUAGUGGCAGAUCCUUUGAGUCCCUUAAACCAAUAUUAGGAGGUCAAAAGCAAUAUAGUGACUUCAUGAAAGGAAAGCCCAGAGCAUUCAGCAAAGGGUAACUAGUUUUGAGGAGGAUUUCUGAAGCGGAAGGGAUAG